AUGCAUACACUACAAAUGUUUAUUCUACGAGCCGGUGCCGACGAUAUAAAUAUUGACGAAGCAUUUUUGGAGCUGUGCGACUCGAAAAGAAGAAUCAGCACAGGCGCCAUUCUUACUGAAGAAAUGUUCAACAAUCAAAUACUAAAAUACAUCAGAGCAAGUGAUAUCAAAAACAUUCCAAAUGGACUAAAGAAGAACAAUGAGGAACUGAAGAAUGGAAAUGUUGCUGACAAAAUCAUGAAAGAUAUUGAUCACCUUCUGUCUUCCCUACAAAUAGGAGAAUAUGAUGGUAAUGACGAUAACAGUUAUAAUGUCAGCGUUGGAGCAACCUGUAAUUGGAGUGAAAAUUCUUUCAAAUGUUGCCAGGCAUUUGACUUAACCGGCAAUACCUGUCUUGUUGCUAAGUUCGUGGGCGACGACAUAAAUUUCUUCGUUCAGAUUGGCGGCAAAAUGGUUUGGGUAAAUAAAAUGUCCUACAAGAACACCAUUGAAAGUAUGUUUCGAGAUAUCUCUCAACUAAUGUCAGGAAAUGGCCAUUUUGAAGUGAAGGAACAGUCUGAAUUUUUAACUGAAGUAAAAGCUACAAGUGAUAAUUUUGUCGAGAUGAGCCGCUCCAGUGGCGACUUUUCCACUACUAGUUGUUCUUGGAAUGGAAAUACUUGCCAGUGUUGCAAGCAUAUUACUAUUUUCAAACGGAAAUUAAGUAUCUGCGUUGAUAUUGAAGUUCGUGAUAAGCACGAUGUGAAAAUUUCUAUCAAAAUCGGUAGUAUAACCAUAUGGAGUGGAAACGUUAAUAUGUGGAACAAACAAUUGGAGAUAUGCCAUCAGAUAUCAUUUUUAAAAUUGUGCCUUACUAUGAAAGAUUUUCAUUUGUCCAGACACGAAAUUGGGGGUUGUGUCUAUGUCUACGGAUACAUGGCAUGGUUCAAAGAAGGUCUUCGGUUGUUUUGUUUUAAUAAAUCGUUUUGA